AUAAUAUCGUCAAUAUUUUUAGUUCAGUUGCAAGCGUUGCUAGGAGUACACGUAAAAUGGCUAAAAAAACUAAAAAGAAAGAAGGAGAUGUCGUUAAAGACAUAAAAAAUAAAAAAAGUGUUGGAAAAGUUGAAGUGAAAGAAAAUAAUAAUGUUUUGACCCUUGCAUCUUUCGUGUCUCUAGUUGCAUUUGCAGUUCUGUGCAUGAUUGUAUACAAUAUCUAUACAGAUGUAGUUCAUGUGCCAGAAAUGCCUACAUUUGACUUAAAUAAAUUCUGGGGGCCAAAUGCUACGGAACCUCAAGACACGUCUAUAAGACCUUAUCGGAUUGUGUUUAGUGAUGCUAUGAAUUUAGAGAUACGUGGCCUCUUUGAGAUGUACAGAAGGAACGAGAUGAAGAAAAGUUUCAACGACACUGCAUGGACUUACGGUGUGCAUUCAGAAGCAUUCUCAAAAAUAUUCAAUUACUGGAUCUUUCAAUACGACUUCGCGAAAAGAGAAAGAUUUUUGAACCAAUUCAAACAAUAUAAGACCAAGAUACAGGGGUUGGAUAUUCAUUACAUUCAUGUUAAGCCUGAAGUAGAAGUUAAUGUUAUGGUUCUACCAUUGUUACUCCUGCAUGGAUGGCCUGGGUCUAUCAGGGAGUUCUACGAAGCGAUACCACUGUUGACUACUGAGAGACCGGGAUACAAAUUCGUUUUUGAGGUCAUAGUUCCUAGUUUGCCUGGAUUCGGAUUCUCGCAGGCUCCAGUCCGUCCGGGCUUAUCUCCGCAUCAAAUAGCAAUUAUAAUGAGGAACUUGAUGCAAAGGCUUGGUCACAAACAUUAUUACGUCCAAGGUGGGAAUUUUGGACACAUAAUUGGAUCCCAUAUGGCCACUCUAUUCCCUAAAGAAGUGGUUGGAUUUCACACUAAUUUCCCUGUCAACUUUUCAAAGUAUGCGCAAUGGGUUUGGGUACUGGGAAGCGUUUGGCCAAAGUUUGUCGCCAACGAGAAUGUGGAUCGCAUGUAUCCUUUGGGCAAAAAAGUGAACUUUUAUUUGGAAGAAUUUGGGUUUCUGCAUCUGCAAGGGACUAAGCCGGAUACGAUUGGUAUUGCUCUCCAAGAUUCGCCAGUUGGUCUUGCCAGCUACAUCCUAGAUAGGGUCAUGAUCUUCACAGACCCAGCCAACAAGCUGGAUCCUGACGGUGGCAUGCAAAAGUACUACAACUACGACCAACUUCUGGACAAUAUCAUGCUGUACUGGAUCUCUGGAAGUAUCACAACUUCUAUGAGGAUUUAUAAGGAGAUUUUUGAAGAUAGCGAUAUGGAAAAGAUGAUUGAACGAAUUCCAACUUCAGUGCCAACAUGGGGAGCUCGAUUCAAGAACGAUCUGGCGUAUUCUCCAGACUUCCUACUAAAAUGGAAGUAUCCCAACUUGUUAGGAACUUCGAAUUACAACGUUGGAGGACAUUUGGCAGCUUUCGAGAGGCCUAAAGAGUUCAGUGACAGCGUUUUCGAAGGCGUCAAAUCGUUUUUGGCAUUCUCAAAAUAAACGUUUUUUUAUUUU